AUGCAGCGACCAGUUCAAGCGAUGAAUGGCCCAGCAUCGUACCAACAAGGAAGAUAUCCACCUGGAGCUGCUGCAGGCGGUCAGCCCGUGCCUUCAGCUGGUCCAGGAACAGCGCGACGUGCUUACUUGCCACAACCACCUGUUAAUGGACCUACAGUUGUUGGCAGUGGGCAAUUUGCUGCUCGGUCUUCCCAGAAUCCGCGAAAACGUCGCCGGUUUCAGGAUAAAAUUAUCUUGCCUGAGGUUUGUUUUAGACAGUUUCAAUGUUACCGUAUUAGUUUCCAGAGAGAAAGCUGCGUUUUUUGCAACUUGAUAUGAAAUAUGUUCUCUUAUUAUUUUUAGGUAACAAAACUGGUGCCAGAAGUAGAAGCCUAUAUGCAGCUGCUUUCAUUUGAACAAAAGUUGGACAAAACAUUGAGCAGAAAGAAAUAUGACAUGCAGGAAGCGUUGAAACGCCCUAUGAAGACACAACACAAGCUCAGAAUUUAUGUUUCUCAUUCUUUUUUACCUGGUACUGAACCUGAAGUAGGUUUUUAUUGAUUUCUUUGGAAUUUAGGUAUUUCAAUUAGAUGCGCAUAAUUAAUGUUAUUUGUUUGGUACAACCUCAUCAAGAUGUUAUUUUUAUAAAUAAAUAAUUAAUAUUUUAGAAAGAAGGUGAAGAAGGCACAGUACCAAUGUGGGAGCUGAGAGUCGAAGGCAGGCUGAUUGAUGAACAUUCGGAAAAGAGUGGUACUACUCCAAGUAGUACUACAACAGCUACUAAAGGUUAUAAACGUAAAUUCAGUUCGUUUUUUAAGUCCUUGGUAAUUGAGUUAGAUAAGGAUAUCUACGGGCCUGAUAAUCACUUGGUUGAAUGGCAUCGAACUCCUACUACUAAUGAAACUGAUGGAUUUCAGGUAAUAAAUUUGAUUUUGAAAUAUUCUAAUUUUAGGUAACACAUAACUGUAAUUUGUGAUAACCAGUUUGUUUUGAAUUCAACUAUAACAUCAUUUUAGGUGAAGCGACCAGGUGACCGAGAUGUAGCUUGCACUAUACUGCUUUUGCUGGACUACAAUCCAAUGAAGUUCAAGUUGGCUCCAAAGCUAGCCAAGCUUCUUGGUGUUGCGAUGGAAAGUCGGCCAAAGAUUAUCGAAUUGCUAUGGCAAUACAUUAAAGCUCACAAGCUUCAAGAUGCGGCUGAUAGAGAUGUUAUUAAUUGUGAUUCGUAUCUGGAACCAAUAUUUGGUACCAAGAGAAUGAGAUUUAUGGAGAUACCACAAAGAUUGACCCAUCUUUUGCAUCAGCCAGACCCACUGGUACUCACACAUACUAUAAGGUACAACAGCGGAGAAAAAAAUACAUGUUGUUAUGACAUUGAUGUGGAGAUGGAUGAUCCAGUUAAGAAUCAGAUGCAAAACUUUUUACAGAAUCAUCAAAACAUGCCGGAUAUUGGGGUAUUGGAUCAGCGAGUGAGUUAUUGUGGAGAAAAGUGUUUUUUGACAUUUUGAUUUGAAUUAGUUAUUUUUUAUUACGUUUUUUAGAUUUACGACAUUGUUGAACAAAUCAAUGAAUGGAAAACAAGACGUGACUUUUAUGCUGGAUUUGCUGAUGAUCCGAAAUCGUUUAUUCAAAAAUGGUUGGCUUCACAGAGCAGAGAUUUAAAGGUAUGUACUUUCAAAAAUGUUUUGUAUCUAUAAGGAUAGGUUUUAAGAAGUUGUUAAAAGUAUAAUUUUUGAAGUAUUAUUGAACUACAUUUUUAAUACAUAUUUCCUUAUAGACUUUGAAUGAACAAUCGUCAGAAUACGAGCUGGAAAGACGGGCUGACUUCUUCUAUCAGCCUCAUGUUCAGGAAGGAGUGUUCAGGUAUUUGUACGGUAAAGUGCAGCAACGUCGUCAAGAGAUUGAAAAUAUGCUUGGUGUAAAGUAA